AUGGACACACAAAGCGCCCCCAAUGGUCUGUUUGUGGCCCUCGAAGGUGCUGAUCGUACGGGUAAAUCAACUCAGGCGAAACUGCUGGCCGAGGAACUCACCAAAUUGACCGGGAAAAAAUGUCUUCAUUUGAAGUUUCCCGAUCGGACAACACCAUUGGGACAGUGUUUGGAUGGAUAUCUAACUGGUAAACGAAACAUGGAUCCACAUGCACUUCACCUGUUGUUCACGGCGAAUAGGUGA